AGCUGUCAUGUCGUUGGAAACGAACAUAAUUUUGUUUGCAAUUUGUUGACGUUCGGUUGUUUGGCAAAAGUUGUUUAUUAUCGGUAAUGGGAAAAGUUCGCUAGAUGUAUACCAAAUAAAAAAUAGAAAAGACAGGCGCGCUUUCAAAUUGCUUGUACAAAAAUUGUUACUGAAGUAAAAAUGUUCAAAAAUACCUUCCAGUCCGGGUUUCUAUCGAUUCUGUACAGUAUCGGUAGCAAACCGCUCCAAAUUUGGGAUAAAAAAGUACGAAACGGACACAUCAAGCGUAUCACCGAUCAGGAUAUUCAAUCGUUGGUGCUGGAAAUUAUCGGAACCAAUGUGAGCACAACGUAUAUCACUUGUCCAGCCGACCCGAAAAAGACAUUGGGCAUCAAACUACCAUUCCUGGUGAUGAUUAUAAAGAAUCUGAAAAAAUACUUUACUUUCGAAGUUCAGGUCCUAGACGACAAGAACGUCCGACGGCGUUUUAGGGCAAGCAACUAUCAGUCAACUACCCGAGUAAAACCAUUUAUUUGCACGAUGCCCAUGCGGCUAGAUGAGGGGUGGAACCAGAUUCAAUUUAAUCUGUCCGACUUCACCCGUCGUGCUUAUGGAACCAAUUAUGUGGAAACACUCCGUGUUCAAAUACAUGCCAACUGUAGGAUACGAAGGGUAUACUUUUCGGAUCGCCUGUACUCUGAGGAUGAACUGCCAGCAGAAUUCAAAUUGUUCCUACCCAUUCAGAAGCCCCAAUCGAAGGCAAUUGCUCAGCAGGCUUGCUAACCAUGCGUCGCUGUGUACACCUAUUGUUUUAUUUCGAACGAAACAAUGGCAAACGUCGAGACUUUCACUGUGAAAUAUCCAUUCUUAAUAUUUCAAUCAACUCUCCAAUAAAAUAUGUUCAAUGCACGACCGUA